ACUUGUCGUCACAUGACAUGAUGCGGAAGAAUUACAAUCUAAUGCUACAGUUGCACAUGUGUUUGUGUAUUAGACAUUUAUUGCUAGAAAUAUUUCGUUGUAGGACAUUUAUUGUUGCAUUAAUUUAUAAUUAGAUGAUAUAAGUGAAAUUACAAAUUGCUUAAAGACUACGAUUUCUGCUGUUGGUUGAGCUUGGUAAACAGUAACGUAUUUGAACAGUGUUAGCUAGCUAGCUACAAUGUUAUAGUGUGUUAUGGUGUCACAUUGAUUCAUUUAGCACAUGAAACAUUUGUAGCACUGACACGUCACAUAACUGGACAGUCUAUCUACCAUGACUAUGACGGAGGAAGCACCGAGUGUCCCUGAGUGCUACAUCUCAGAACAUGAAGGGUUCUAUGGAACCAUCAAGAACUUCACCAGAGACUUUGUAGUCACAGAGAUAGACAUCCAUGGCCAGAUGGUCACUAAACCCAGUGUAUCUGAUGUUCCUCAAUCAUCCAACAUUACUGAGGCAUGUCCAGGUGCCAAGUCUGAAGGAAAGACAAAUAUUAUUAGCCCAAAACAUCAACACAUCCUCAAAGAAGAGAAUACAGAACCUGGACCCAGUCAGAAUGGUGACAUCACAUCCACCGCCAGCCAAGACUGUUUUGACCUGAGCAUAAUACUGGGUCAGGCUGUCUGUGAAGAGCUAGAGCAGUUCACUGCUUUAUUGAGAGAGAUGUCAUCAAGUCCCAAUGAUGGUGUUGAGAAGAAGCUGGCCAACCAAGAAUCAUCCAAUGGCAGUGAGAAGACGAUGGCCAAUCAAGAGUUAUCCCUGGGUUCAUUCCCAGACAAACACCAAAGGGCUAAUGUCCACCGCGCUGUCCGACACAGCUUUCCCUUCCUGUUGACAGUAACCAACCAAUCAGAGAUCAGGGUUAAGGAGGACCCUGACUUUAAGCUCCUAUCAGGUUUGGUCUCCGAGGAGGAGGCCGAAGACUUUAUCAGGUUCAUCGACACCAAGAUGCCUAAUUCUGUGUACACAUUCAGGAGUGAUGACAGUAAGGAGCACAGGACGGCAGUGCACCACUUCCUCAGUAGACGGUUUGGUAAACUGGUGGAGACCAAGAGCUUCAGUGACCAGCAGCAGAAGACUACGGCCAUUACGGUCAGGUUGAGAGAAAAAGGGAAACCCAGGAAGAGGACGGCUGAUGACAGUAAAGAGGAAGAGGUCUAUACAGCGUUCACUCUGAGGAAGGAGAACCUAGAGACUCUGGAGGCUAUCAGCUACAUGGCAGCUGUCCUGGGGGUGCUGCCCUCUGACUUCACCUACGCUGGCAUCAAGGACAAGAGGGCCGUCACCUACCAGUCCAUGGUGGUCAAGAAGAUCUCACCACAACGGCUGAGAGAGAAGGCCAGUGAGUUUGAGAAGAGGGGGGUGGUCCUCUCCUCCGUCCGCUCCGUCUCUGAGCCUCUUCAUCUGGGUAGACUCCAGGGGAACCACUUUGACCUGGUGGUACGGGAUCUGAGGCCACACCAGGGUCAUGGCACACUGAUGGAGCUGGACUCACUGGUGCAGGAGGCUGUGGAGAACGUAAAGGUCAAGGGGUUUGUGAACUACUAUGGACCUCAGAGGUUUGGGACUGGACAGAGUGUUCAGUCUGACCGCGUCGGACUGGCCCUGCUCAAAGAGGAAAUGGUGGCAGCUGUCCGUCUGUUUUUCACACCAGAAGAGGGUGAUGAUCCUCAGAGCGUUGCCAAGAGACACUUCCUCCAGACUGAUAAUGCCAAGGAGGCCCUGUCUCUGAUGCCCAUGUCCAAGGCCAGAGAGAGGAUGAUGCUGAGGGCCCUACAUCGCUAUGGGACGGGCCCAGAGGGCUGCACCCGUGCCUGGCUCAGCCUGCCCCAUGGGAUGAGGGUCUUCUACCCCCACGCAUACUGCAGCCGGGUCUGGAACGAGGCGGCUGCACACAGGCUGACCACGCUGGGCCACAGGGCCAGGCAGGGAGAUCUGGUCUGGAAGCAGAGGAGAGAGGAGGGGAUAGAGGCAGGAGAAACCAGCUUACCUCAGGUAGUUCAGUUCCAGGGAGAUCUGGUCUGGAAGCAGAGGAGAGAGGAGGGGAUAGAGGCAGGAGAAACCAGCUUACCUCAGGUAGUUCAGUUCCAGGGAGAUCUGGUCUGGAAGCAGAGGAGAGAGGAGGGGAUAGAGGCAGGAGAAACCAGCUUACCUCAGAUUCAUGUUGUUACUGCUGCAGAGGAGGAGGAGGAAGUCUACUCACUAGGACAGGUGGUUCUUCCCAUGCUUGGCAACACUGUGAAGUACCCAGAGAACCCUGUAGGGGGCUGGUACCAGGAGAGACUGGCGAGGGAUGGACUACAGAGCUGUCGUUUCAGAGUCACUCCUCUCAAACUGAACCUCCCUGGCUGCUACCGCCCCUUACUGGCCAUCCCACAUAGCCUGACCUACAGGCUGGAGCAGGGCCAGAGAGCUGGGGAGAGGCAACAGGAGUGGAAUGGAAAGUCACAGGCUAGUGGAGCGGUACCACAGUACCCUGACACAGACACAACUAGACCUGGAGGUCUGGAGAGGCAGAGAGGAGGGGAGAACGUGCAGGGUAAUAGAGAGGGGGAGUCAACGGUGCAGUACCCCGGCACAGACACAACUAGACCUGGAGGUCUGGAGAGGCAGAGAGGAGGGGAGAACGUGCAGGGUAAUAGAGAGGGGGAGUCAACGGUGCAGUACCCCGGCACAGACACAACUAGACCUGGAGGUCUGGAGAGGCAGAGAGGAGGGGAGAACGUGCAGGGUAAUGGAGAGGGGGAGUCAACGGUGCAGUACCCCGGCACAGACACAACUAGACCUGGAGGUCUGGAGAGGCAGAGAGGAGGGGAGAGCGUGCAGGGUAAUGGAGAGGGGGAGUCAACGGUGAAGUACCCUGACACAGACACAACUAGUUUGACGUUGAACUUUGACCUGGACUCUUCCUGCUACGCCACCAUCUGCCUCAGAGAGGUCAUGAAAUGUUAACCUUAAACUGGAGUCUCAGAUGUUGUAUGUACUACUGUGUGUAUAGUAUUUUGAUGAAUAUUGUACUUUGUACACAGUAUGGCCUCUUGUGUACUUGUAGGAUACUGCUACAGUAUUGUGUUGUGUACACAUUAUUGUAACGGUUUUCUAAUGGUGAAGGAGAGUCGGACCAAACUGCAGCGUGUAGAUUACGAUCCAUGUUUUAAUAAACAAACGUAACACGAAUCUAAAUACAAUAUCUACAAAAAACAAUAAACGUAAUGAAAACCGAAACAGCCUAAACUGGUGCAAACGAACACAGAAUCAGGACAUCAAGACAAUAAGGACAAUCACCCACAAUACAACCAAAGAAUAUGGCUGCCUAAAUAUGGUUCCCAAUCAGAGACAACGAUAACCACCUGCCUCUGAUUGAGAACCACUCCAGACAGCCAUAGACUUUCCUAGAACACCCUACUAAGCUACAAUCCCACUAACAUACACACCAAAACCCCCAGACAAAACACACCACAAUACAAAAACUCCAUGCCACACCCUGGCCUGACCCAAUACAUAAAGAUAAACACAAAAUACAUAGACCAGGGCGUGACAAUUAUGGCCUCUUGUGUACUUGUAGGAUACUGCUACAGUAUUGUGUUGUGUACACGUUAUGGCCUCUUGUGUACUUGUAGGAUACUGCUACAGUAUUGUGUUGUGUACACAUUAUGGCCUCUUGUGUACUUGUAGGAUACUGCUACAGUAUUGUGUUUUGUACACAUUAUGGCCUCUUGUGUACAUGUUUGCUGAUUCGUUGCCUGAUUUGUCAGACAUGUCGUUAAUAAAAAAAUGCUUUGUUCA